CAGACCUACAGACCUGCAGACAGAACCGCACCAGCAUCAUGCCGUGCCUCCGCCUGCUCGGGCUGUGCCAGUACCAGACCAACAAGCUGGUCCGGAUCCAGAGCGUCCGGCUGGGAUCCCUGAAGUGGAGCCUGAACGGAGCCAUCCUGCUGGUCAUCUGCAUCAUGAUGCUGUGGAAUAAGCAGUACCAGGAGUUUGACUUGGUGGUGAGCUCCGUCACCGCCAAGGUGAAGGGUGUCGCUCAGACACGCCUGCCGGGCAUCGGAGAUGUGGUCUGGGACGUGGUGGACUACAGCGGGCCCGUACAGGAGAAAAACUCCUUCUUUGUGGUGACCAAUGUCAUUGUGACAAAAAAUCAGAAGCAGGGAAACUGCCCAGAGGUUCCUCUUAAAGGCAGAUCGUGUCGAACUGAUAAGGAUUGUGAGAAAGGAGCCUGGGACCAGCUGAGCCAUGGGAUUCAGACGGGGUCAUGUGUCAAGUUUGAUGUGAUGAAGAAAACCUGUGAGGUUUCUGCGUGGUGUCCCAUAGAAACCAAAACAACCCCUACGAGGCCUGCUCUUCUGGCAGCCGCUGAGAACUUCACUGUCCUCAUCAAAAACAACAUCAGGUUUCCUGCCUUCAACUUCAUCCGGAGGAACAUCCUCCCAGAGAUGACGGCUGCCUACCUGAGGAGCUGCCACAGAGCAAACGACUCACUGUGCCCCAUCUUCAGGCUCGGGGACAUCGUUCGAGAGGCCGGGGAGAAGUUCUCCACCAUGGCCGUGGAGGGGGGCGUCAUCGGCAUUCAGAUCAAAUGGGACUGCAACCUGGACCGGCUCAUGCACCACUGCCUCCCCAGGUACUCCUUCAGGCGACUGGACGAGAAAGAGAGCAACAGGACGCUGUACCCCGGCCUCAACUUCAGGUAUGCCAAGUACAACACCGUGAACGGAGUGGAGGAGCGGACGCUGUACAAGGCAUUUGGGAUCAGAUUUGAUGUCAUGGUGUUCGGACAGGCGGGAAAAUUCAGCUUCAUUCAGCUCAUCCUUUACAUCGGUUCGACGCUUUCGUACUACGCUCUGACGACGAUAUUCAUCGACUGGCUGAUUGAAACCAGCUGUUAUUCUGCAGAGGUCGGACGAAACUACUCUGAGAAGAAGUUUGAGUCGGUCCGAGAUGGACGGCAGUGCAUCAUCUGCGUGUCCUACGUUGACGAGAAGGACGUUCGGCUGUUGAAAAGAUCACAAAAGAAAAGUUUACAAGACAUCAAGCCGAAGAUCGUUCUGCCACGUAAGGAGGACACGGCUCAUCUCAGAGCCGUUCUCUGUCUCCUGCAGCCGGAUGUCAGCGCGGAUCCUCAGGCCCCCCUCCAGCAUGAAUCCGACCCUAAGUGCCGUCGUCCAGCCUGGUGCAGAUGUGGCCGCUGCACUUCCUCCUCGCUCCCGCAGGAGCAGCUGUGCUGCCGGAGCAGCGACGGCGCCUGCAUCACUUCGUCUCCGCUGUUCGAGCAGCUGGUGCUGCGUCGCUCUCUGCUGGAGGCCGUCCUCCUGUACCAGGAGCCCCUGUCCCCCCCCGAAGGGGGGGCCCGGACCACCGCCCUGCGGCACUGCGCCUACAGGCAGUACAUCAGCUGGAGGUUUGGGAUCCCGCCCGAGGACGCCCAUCCGGCCAUCCCCAGAUGCUGCGUGUCGGGAAUCAGGGAGGCGUAUCCGAGCCCGGACGGACAGUACGGCGGCUUCAAGCCCGUCAGAACACCGUCCACACGGGCCUGCGCUAACGGAGAGCUGUGAAGGCGGCGGGCGAAGGCCCGUAAUCACUGACCUACUAACAAAGCCUUAUGAAUAUGCAGUUUAAUGCAAUAACUUUGCUCAGCUUGGCAGAAAAUGAAAGUAUGUCAGUUUGUGUUGGGUCGGAAGGCGAUGUGGGGUGGGGUGGGGGGGCAGAAAAACCUCACUAAGUCAAUAAAUCAGACCGUUGUCAAACAUGAUCUAUCACGUUGAGCUGCAGUCGUUCUCAGUUUCAGUUUGAAAGCAGCUCUUGCUUUUAUAGAGCAGAAAUUACUUUAAUCAGGCUCAGAAAGAUGAUUUCUCCUCCCAGGAAGGUGUUCACAUCCAUCAUAUCAUAUAUGGAAAUGAGGGUUUGUGCCAAAAGGGGAUAAAAAAAAAAAAACAGAAAGAGGUUGAAACCCCAAAGAGAUCAAAGCUCAGACUGUCACUUCAUUGUGCUGAGUGGCUGAUUUUUAUUCAGAUAUUUUUCCUUGCAACAUUCCUGUCAGCGCGUCUGAAGCUCAGGCUGCAGUGAGGCCGAGUCUGCAUGCUCCCAAAAACAUGAAAACAACACUUGACUUUGCAAGAAAUCACAAGAUGAGCUGUUUUCUUGUUGGAUUAAAGUCUAGACUGUUCACAUGAUUACCACUGUCACAGCGAGGUUGCCAAGUUUUCCAACUCGUCAUUUAAAAUAAUUGAAAUUCCUCCUCUACGAAUGAAUCUGGCAGCACUUUUCUUUACUCGACAGAAACAAACACACUGGGGCGACAUCGGGGGAAUUGUGCACGAUUGGCUCCGGUGUUGGAGUUUGAUGGACGACUCGGUCGGAGAGGGGUGGUGAGUCAAACCAGCCGCUCCAGGCGUCUCUUUAAGGUUGCUUCAGUUGUGAAGUUAUUUCCCUCCCUAUUUAUGUCCCUUCACUGCUUCACGUUCCCCGUUUUUUUUUUUAAAGCUCUUUGGUUUUAAGUAGCGUGGCCACACAUGCAUCGUGACUCACACGAGUCUCUGUCCACCAGAAAACACCUCGUAUCCACUUAGUCGUCUGCAAAAGUUAAAGUCAUUUAAUUGUCACGGGCGGCAGUGAGGGAUCCGCUUUAAGCAACGACUUCUGUGACUUACCAACUCUUAAUCUUCUUUUUUUAAUAAUGUCAGUGGUGCUACCAUCUAGUUCUGCCCUGGGGAGUAGUAACAGGGGCACAAUGAGUGCUGUAGUGAAUUGUAUGGACAUUCAAAACAGCGGGAGUGAGCAUGGCCCCCCCGGGGUGGUGAGAGAGGGCCGUCUUUUGACCACUGUGGUCAGACACGCAGAGACUGGCUGGAGAUGAUCUACUCAGUGACCCAGAGACAGACAACUCAAAAAUGACAUCUGGUCUCACUUGUCCACAUCACAUUGGUCCAGAAACCGUGUGUAGUCAUGACGACCUCCGUCUCAGCCAUUUAAUGUUACAUGCUCAGUGAAACCUGUAGCAUCGGAGAUGGAGCGCCUGUGCCUUGCUUUUCUUUUAUUUAUUUAUAUAAUAUAAUCCACAUUGAUUUGAUAAUAGUUUUGUAAAGCUUUCCAGAUUGAUUUGCAGCGACAGUUGUUUGUCUAAGACUUAUGUCUUGCCCUUUUUGCAGUGGGUUAACUCAGCCCUGAAUAUUCCAGGAAACAUUAAAAAGAUCUGUGUUGGUCUGCAGAGCUGCUGAGGAAUCAGUUCAUCCAGGAUGAUGAUUAGCAGCGUCUGACCUCAACUUUGCUUCAGUAAGAUUUAAGGGAUUAGUCAGUGGUCAGUGUGUACUAAGUACCACUUACAGUAGUUUCUUUUUGGCAUAUUUUUUAUGAUAUAAAAAUGAGUUGUGAAAAGAAGUUAUAUGCUGUUUUUUUAUUAUUAUUAUUAUUAUUAUUAUUAUUAUUAAUUUAUUUUACACUGUGGAUGCUAUCAAAUUAAAAGAGGGGGAACUAAGUUUAUACAUGACU